AUCUACAGCAUUUUGAUUCUACAAAUGUUAAUAUAUUUAAUUGAAUAAACUAUGCUUGAUCACCCGAUUGGUGUUAUUUUCUUGACGACAAGCUUCAGAAUGUAGCUGUCAUACUGUGCCAUGUCACAUGAUUCCAAGUUUCCUCCAUUUAAAGGACACUUACGCCGCGUGGGAACAAAGUCAUGACUGUGACUGUGUUCAUACCACUUCCUCUUUUAUUUGUCACACAUUGCCAAGCAUUUUUUCUUUCGGAUGCAACAUGUCAUACCCGUGUCGAAGUUUGCCAUGAAGUGUGUCAUUGGGGCUCUCAGGACAGCGUGCUGCAGGGAGUCAGUCAAGUCCUUGGUGUUCUACCUGUGGGAUGUUUACUCUUCAGCUAAGCCUCUGGGCCGACACCUCUGGACCAUGUCCGCUCUCUGUCUCACUCUGGCCAUAGUUACUGGCACUCUGCUCUACCACUGGCUCUCCAAAACGCUGAAAUAUGACCACAACGCAUCAGCUCACACAGCACUAGUGUACGGCGUGGUGAUGUUGCCCACCACCUUCCUGUGCCACCCGCUGCGCUGCGCGCUGACCAUGACCCUGCCCACCGUCUGCACCAAGCAGGGCCGCAAGAUCCUCAUCUCCGCCGCGGUCAUGAUUCUCAUGUGCAACGUCAUCCCAAACAUCAGCGUGAAUGUCGGCGCAGUCCUACGCACCCUGAAGUGCACCGCCGAUGGCUUCUCCAAGACUUUGUUGAACUCUUCAGAACUUUUAAACACAGCCAGGCAGGACAUGGUCAAGGAAGCCAUUCAAGUGAGGAAGGAGGACCUGAGCAUUGUCACCAACUUGAGGAUGUUGGAUCACUUCACACAUGUGGAUGUGUCCGAGGUCAAGAGCAGGUUUACGAAGAUGAUUGGGCAAGUGGAAAUCAACUUUUCCUACAUGAGGAACAUGAUAACACAGUACAAACUAUUGUCCAACAGAAUUCUGGCAGCCCUAUUUGUUGCUUUGCUGAUUUGGGAAUCUGCACGCUACCUGAAAUCAUACCUGACAUCCAUUACAUUCGAUAAUAAGCCUAUGUCCAAACGGCUACGGCAAAAUGAAGUUCACGUUACCACCAGGAGGUUGUUCCCUAUGCGCGGAAGAUUUCAAAUCAGCAAUGGGGAAUGCACCCCCAGUGUCAUAUCACUACUGGUGGUGACGUUAUACUUCACCGCGAUAGCUUUAAUCGCAGCCUUGGACCAUAUUGUGUAUCAUACAGUUCAAGUCAUUCUGCCGUGGCUGCUGGAUUUUCCAGCCAUGUCUGCCAGCAUCGACGUCAAUUAUAAGGUACAAUGGUUUCCACCGGCAUUUUGCAUCCUGCCACACGCGUGCAUCACGCGACAACUGACGGACUUCCGCAAGGAGUACACGUGGAACUUCAGCCCCGAAGCGUCGAUUUGUGAUGCCACGACUUCAGCUCCCAGCGCGGGUGUGAGCGCGCUGCUAGCAUGUCUAUGGUUGAUGAGCUACCUGCUGCUGUUCCUCGAGGCGUACGCCACAAGGCUACGGAGGAACAUCUGUGCAUCUUUUUUUAAAAAGCAAGAAGAGAGGAGAGUGGCUUUUUGGAACGCAAAAGGCCAGGCAAAGCAAGACAGAAAGGGGCCAGGAGGGGCUGUUUUGGUUGUCUGCAGAUGACAUCCACAGUGCUGACCUUGACUGUACGUUUUCUUCUUUUCUUCAGUCAAGAGAAUGAUAUCAAAGAACACCUUUCAGUGAGCAGCAUUUCAAGCCACAAGUCGCUGGGGUGAACAUAAAGUGUGAAUGUUUAACCCUGCGGCUUUUACACUUUUUGUGCUGCAUGACAAUACACUCAAAGGACUUUAACAGUGUCGAAGGUCCAAAGAUUCUUUGUCAAGUUUAUAGACAACAAUACAUCCUGAAACAGGGCGGCCCAGUGGUUAGCACGUCGGCUUCACAGUGCAGAGGUACCGGGUUCGAUUUCAGCUCCGGCCUCCCUGUGUGGAGUUUGCAUGUUCUCCCCGGGCCUGCGUGGGUUUUCUCCGGGUGCUCCGGUUUUCCUCCCACAUUCCAAAAAUAUGCAUGGCAGGCUGA